AUGGAGCCCGAGGCCAACGAUCAGCGAGUGGAGCGAGGUCAAAAGAAGCGUGGUGUGCUGCCCAAACCACUCCUGAUAAUCAUAUCUGUGGCUGUUGUGCUCAUCGUACUGCUGACUGUCAUCGUUGUAACUGUUGUGCUGCUCACUAAAACGUCAGCUCCUUCUUCUGCCUCGUUUUCUGGUGGAGACAUGCUGGAGUACUUGGUGCAGACGGGGAACAUUAGUGAAGCGGACGGCCUUUUGGCUACGUGGUUUCACCGAGCCAACAGCAAGGAGGACAUGUACAAAGCGCUCAUGGGUGACGCCAUGAUCUUGGAAGCUGAUGUCACUCUCAUGGGUUAUGGGACCCCUGAUGAAAAGCCAGUCCCGAUCAUGGCACACCCUCCUGACAUAGAUAGUGACAACACUCUCGACGAAUGGUUAGAUGCUGUACUGGCUUCUGGAAAAGGCAUCAAGUUGGACUUUAAGGCUCUGGAAUCAGUGGGUUUGUCACUGGACCUGCUUAAACAAAAGGAAAGCAACAAGGGAAUAAACAGACCUGUGUGGCUGAAUGCAGACAUCCUCAGAGGCCCCAACGUCCCAAGCUUUGUAGCUCCAGUCAAUGGAAGCGGAUUUUUGGAACUCAUUCAGGACAAGUUUCCAGAUGUGACUUUGUCUCCUGGAUGGAAGGUACUCUAUAUUCACCAGCUCACAAACGAAACCUACUCCAGGGCCAUGGUGGAAGAAAUGUAUAACAUGAUCAAAGACGUACCUCAAAGGGUGACGUUCCCAGUCCAUGCCAUGUUGGUUUGCAGCGGCUGGCAGCACCUGAGCUGGCUCCUCAACCAGUCACCACGGUUCAGCCUGACUUUGUGGCAGGGUUCUGUUAACCCCAGCGUUAGCGACCUGCUGUUUGUCCGUGACAACACCCACCCGUGGCAAGUCUACUAUGACAUAUAUGAACCCACGCUGUCAGAAUUUAAGGAGGCUGUAGGUAAGAAGAAGAGCGUGAGGAGGUUCUAUCCUGGAGGAGAUCUGAUGGAGUUUCUUCACCCAGGUUCCAGCUCAGACCUCAUGAACAGCCUGGCUGUGCCUUUGCUUCCCGUCACCGGUCGGGCCUCCCUGCUCCAUCAGCUUUCAGGUGGGGGCAGCGGGAUGCUGGUCGUUCGUGUGACCUCUGACAGCAGUCGACCUGGAGUCCUUCUGGUAGAAGGUUCUGGAAGGAGCUCAGAACCCCUCGCACUGCAGGAUGUUAUUCAGACCCUUGGGCAGACUGCUGAUACCUCCUGGGGAAUUUACCUGAGGGUCCAUAGUCAGCAGCUUCUGGAGGCUUCUCUUAACCUGCUGCAGUCAGCCUACAGGGCUGACGAGCUCUACAGGCCUGUGUGGAUCAGCAUGGAGGGCUCACAGAGCAGCGACAGCACAGCAGUCUUUGUGUCCACAGUCGAGCGCCUGUUUCCAUACGUCACUGUAGUCCAGGCUGAGGACAAAUGGCCUCCUCGGAUCCCAGCGGCGGUGUCACAGAGGGUGGCUCUACACCUGAAUGCAGCAUCGCUGCCCACGGGACAGGAGCAGCUUCAUGCUUUACUGGGAAUGAUGGACAAAUACGACUUUAUAAUUGAGGUGGACACAAAGAAAGGUGGUGAAGCUGUCACUGCGGUGAAGGAGCUCAGUGCACAGCGUGCAGGGAGAGCAAACAGAAGCCUGUAUAUUCUACCUCAGCAACCCUCAGUGAGCAGCAUCACAGAGCACGUGUGGGGCUGACAGCAGGUUUAAAUGUGC